CUGGGUGAUUCUGUUAAUAUGUCGCUGGUGUUUGUACCGGAGAGAUUGAGAGGAAGAGCCCAGGUUGGCGAGGAUACCGUGCAGAGAUUGCUGGAAGAAAAUGACCAACUGAUCCGCUGCAUUGUUGAGUAUCAGAACAAAGGCCGAGCUACAGAAUGUUCUCAGUACCAGCAAAUUCUGCACAGGAAUCUCAUCUAUUUGGCAACUAUAGCAGAUGCAGGUACCACUAACACGGCCAGCAAUGCAGUAAAGGCCGACACGUGAUUUUCUAGGCCCGCCUUUCCUUAAGAGAAGACUGUGAAGAAUACAGAUUGGCAGUGGAAUUCAGCUGAAAUACAUUGCAGUUCAUUUAGUGUUUACUAGUGUGGGAAUGCAUUAAUCCCUAAUUUGCAUGCCCUAAAUAUAUCCAGUUUACCCAAAUAUACAUGUUAAACCCUGUGACCAUUUGGCCUGCUUAAACUCACUCUCUCUCUCUCAAAAAGCAUGUGGAAAGCCACACUAAGCCCCCAGGCCUGCACUCAUUUAUUUUGUUUAGGACAAUAACACAUAGGGCAUUUGGAGUUGCCGCAGAGAGACAUGUAAAGAUCAAAACUCCUUUAUCUGCCAACUCCACAAGAUGCUCAGAUUGCUUUGGUGUGGCUGCUCCUGUUGUCUUUAAUAAACUGCAAAAUUGCUAUUGAUUUGGAGGUUGCCAAGAUCAUAGUUACUGCAUUGAGAUGACGGCCUCCCUACACCAGUAAGAACUUUGUUUUGAUGUGUCUGGAUUCAAGUUGAUAAGAGAUCAAUGAGCUCCCUCAUAACUGGGUUGGAGGCCGCCGUGAUUUAAUACAGAUGUUUUUUGUUGUAUUAGUCUCUGGCUUUUUAAAUAUGUUUGUUUAAUUUUCAUAUGUUGUGCAUAGUUUUGGUGUUUUAUAAAUAAAUGAUUUUGUAAUGCA